AUGAGAAAGAAAGGUCACCGAGAGAGGGAGAAGUUGCUGGCAGAAUUUAAGAGCUCCUAUUUGAUAUCCUUUGGUGAGUACAGAGAAAGAGGAAUUAAGGCAAAUAACCUUGAAGAAUUGAACAAGAUAAUUCAUGCUGUCGUCUGUGCUGAUCUCACAGUGAAGAAAUCUGAUAAGGAACCACCCCAGGACACUAUAAACGUUUAUGGAUGUAAACCUCACCAGAUGCAUAUGGGACAUGAAAGACUCUUGUUCAACUUAAAGAAGCUCACAUAUGAAGAAAGGAAGAACCAGUUAAUUGAAGGAUUGACUAAACUUGGACAGUGGCAUAAAUUUUCAAAGGUACAUAGCCUAAAUUUUUCUCCUUAAUUUUGUCUUUAUUUUUUAUGAAGUAUGGAAGAAUGUGA